AUUGGAACCCUUCUAUUUCUUCUAACCCUUCUCCAAAUCAAACCCUUCGUCUCUCUGCACGCAAACCCUUCGAACCCUUCUCCAAAUUGGAACCCUUGCCGAAUUGGAACCCUUCUAUCAUCUUCGUCUCUCUGCGCGCAAACCCUUCGAACCCUUCUCCAAACCAAAUCUUCUUCGUCUCUGCACACUCAUCUGCUAAAUUGGUUCGAUUUCCGACUAUAACAUAAUGUUCUUCUUACAUUCAUAAUCGGACGAUCUAAGUACAAGAUUGGGAAAAUUGGUCGGUGAAAAUCUCCUCAACGGUUAUAGUGUGAAUUCCGACAAUCCUGUACUUCUAACCGCUCCAGGUCAACAAUGACGGGCUUCAUCACAGUGAAGCUGAGGUGUCUACAAUAGAAUGAUCAUGUUUCUGCAGGGAUGCUUGAUGCUUGACAGGCUUAGCCAUAUUGUGUGCUAUGGAUAAAAGAUCUGGGAGUCCCUAUUUUUGGGCCGCUUUCCAUAAACUCGUCUUGUGGAAUAGGAGGAACAUCUAGGACUGGCGUACAGAGAGCAUAUGUUGAUGAUGGCUACGAGCAAAGGCUUGAAAGACCCCCUCCAGUUUACCGUGAAAGCCAUGCUCCGGAAUAUGACUCUAUAUCCAGCUCAAAACGUUCAUAUACUGCAAUGCAAGAUGAUGUUCCUCCUCCUCGAUAUGUUGAGGUAGGAGUACGCUGUUCUCGUGCACGAUUGGACUAUGAUUAUGCAGGACGCAGUGCUUCUCAAUAUGGUGAUUCCUAUGGCGACAUACCUUGAAGGCCUCCUAUUGGAUAUGGGGGUAGAAGUUCUAUGUCUAGUCAAGAUUCUCAUGGACUCUAUAGUAGUCUCCAGGGUAUGGGGUAUGACAGAGAAUCCUAUAGUGGUAGUGAUGUUGGUGGAAUGUAUGCUUCAGGCUAUGGUGGUGAUUAUAUGCCUCAUGGCAGUGAUGUAGGCUUUUACUUUAUUUACCCCUUUCAAGCCUGUUACUUCAGUCAUCCAAAAAAGUCAUGUUUGUGUAAUGUACAACCCUUUAUUGUGAGCUCAAUCCAGUUUGACAGUUAUACAAGUUCUGUUUGGAGUACACUGAACUCUCUUUCAAAGUGGAUUUAAAGGAAUUGUACUUAACUAUUAAAUUGACUAUUGAAACCCUUGUUCAGCUUAAACGGAGUUAGCUGGUGUUUCUUAACUAUUAUAGGGAGUUAUCUACUGCAGGUUUGUUUUCUCAAUUCAUAGUUUGUAUGUAAAGAUAUUUCUUAUACGUUUGUUAUAGUAUUUGUAGUUUUCCGUGUAUUAACAUUUGUCUUAUGUUAUGAAUUGAAAUAUGUUGUCAGUUCAUUACUAUGAUGAGCUUAGGAAACUGUUGUAUGUAUGAACUAGUUUAAAUUGGUAUCUAGUUUCAAACUUUCAUGGGCUGAUGUACAUAUAGCUAGGUUUAGUUUAUAGUUUUAGUUAGUUGGGUAGGGCUGAUUAUGUCCAAAUAUAAUAUGUCGGAAUCUUUUAAGUUCAGUUCAUUUAGAAUAGAAAUGUGAUUAGCCAUGACAUAUUUGUCUUUGAAUUGCAUUUUGCUCUGUAUUUUAAUGUCUUUUUUGUUCUAUCUUAGACAUUGAACUCGAAGUAUAUAUUUUUUAGUUUUAUACAGUUUGAUAUAUUAUACUAUAGAUAUUAACUACUUCGAGGAUCGGUUCGACUCUAAAUAGUUUUAUUCAACUAGUUUUAUACACAAUUUGAUGUACUAGAUAAUUAUUAACUAUUUAACUAGUUUGAUACUCAGUUUCACAUACUAAACUGAGUAUAGUGAUUAAUAUAGUUUUAUACUUCUAAAUAUAAGAAAGUUUUGCUUUGCUUAAUUGUGCAGAGCAGAUUGGUUGUGAACAUGAGAGUUUGUAAUUUUGUUGGGACUGUUCUUCUCUAGCAUUUGGAAUUGCAAUUGAGAGGUUGAGGUUAUGUCAUGGGGCUGUUUUUUUCUAAGGAUCAAUUGCAGGUAUGGUAAAUGCAGGUUGGUGUUGGAGAUGGGUUAACAUUUUGUGAUUUCUGGAGGGUUAUUUGAUAUCUACUGCAGCACGUCCUCCUGUUUCCGCACUCACACAACUAGUUACUAUAACUGGGUCUUGGCAGCUCUCUGGCUGCCGGUUUUGCUUCUUUCUUUACCCGGCCAAGUCCAAGUGAUAUACUUUUUUGUAUGCCUUUGUGUCAUACUUCUUAAUUAGUUAAUUAGCGUAUUUAAUUUUUGUUUCUCAUUUUAGUAAAAGUUUUUAUUUAAAAAAAUAGAUGCAAGUUACAUGUUGAUUAGUAUAUAGUUAUAAGUACAUGUGAGUUUAAUUUCUUCAAAUUGAAAGAUUUUUAAAGUUCAUUAUUUAUUCAGAUUGAAUGAUUUUUGACAGUUCAUUAAUUCUUCAGAUUGAAUGAUUAACUUGACUAAUUUUUUCAGUUCACUAAUAUAUGGAGGAACAAGAAAGUUCAGAGUUCAAGUUUGGAGAAGAUUGUCUUUGAUCAUCUAUGAGACCGGCGGGUGGUCUCUUGUGUUAGAAGUAUGAUAUUGAAUAUUGAUUUUUUUGAACUUUAAAUUGUAAUCGUAAGUAGUAUUCUGCGUAGUAUGUAUUGAGCUGUUGCAUUUUGUGUAAUCUGUAAAUUUUGAAUGGAUGGAACUAAUUUUCAAUUUUUUGAAGUGUGUAAUUAUAGUGCAUGUAUAUUUUUUCUCUCUAAAAUAGCUACUUCUAAC